AUGGCAACCGAAGCUGAAGCCAGCACGGGCAAUGGGGGAGGGCCUCCUAGCCAUCUUCCAUUGCAGUUGAUUCCACGACGAGUACGUCAACAGACUUCAGUUUCUCAAGGAGAUGUGGCCGGCAGAGCACCUGCCACUCCUGGGGCCCGGGGCAGCUUUACUUGUGGAGGGCGCAGCUUUCCAGAAAGUCUUAAAGUGAGCCGGAUCUCGCCAGAAAAACUCAAGAGCGCCGAUGGGGUCAAGAUCUUGGCAGAGCAGCUGGGAGGAUCAUGGGGCCGCCUGCAGGUGGAGGACAAGUUCCACUACUUUGAGCAGACAAUUGACUCGUACAUCGCCAGGCACGACGCUCAGCUCGAGGAGCUGCUGUCGCGCAGAGUCGGGCUGGAGGAAAUCAGAGCCUAUGUUCUCCUUCGUCACUCCCAGCUCGCCGCAGAGGACAAGAAGCGAGUGAUCGUAGAGUCCAAGGGCGAUCUGCAGUACUCGGAGACAAUCAAGGCAAUUCGUUUGUACCAGCGCGGCACGGAAAGGACCAAAGUCUACGACGUCAACAUGACGGAGGUCGACGCCGGCGAAGACAUCCACAUGGCCUCGCACGAGGAACAGGUGGACGAAGAAGAGGUUUUCGCGUACUUCUUCGAACAGUACGACGAGGACGCGCUGUACAUCGCGGAGUUUGAGGACGGCAUCAUUGAAGCCGUUCAAGAAUCCAACCUGGCGCCUGUUUUCUCGGCAUAUCAAGAAGCCAGAGCGCGGCUUCGCGACAAAGCGAAGGCCAGAGGAUUUUGGCCAGUGGGAAAAAGCGCUGGACGAAGACGCAGUAAGGGAUACGGCAAGAAAGGUGGAUGGUCAGGCAGUGGCUUUGGCAAAGGGAAGCGGCCAAAAACACUGGCGGAAAGGAUCUCGACAUCGUCCUGCAGGUUGUGUGGGGCAGUUGGACAUUGGAAAAGAGAAUGUCCAAAGAACACUGACAACCAGCAAGGCAGCCACAACAAGGUGGAGAUGUCGCACCUGGCCACCGACGAACGCGACGACGAGGCCGACGACAACAGCAGCCAGCCAUGCGAGUUUCUCCACGAUCUCCCCGACAUGGAUGAGCUCAGCCUUUCGGACGACCAGGCGCGAGCGGGAGACAAGCAGGCUGGAGAAAGAAUUCAGGAUGUAGAGCAGUUCUGUUUUGCCGCACCGGAGGUGAAGCCAAGCAGGUGUAGGUGA